GCUUUCUGUUUUACCACUUCUCUUUCUCUUCUAUAAAUCACUUUUUCUCACACUUCCUUUCCUUCACAAUUAAACCACUCUCUCCAAUACACAUACCCCAUCUCUUAAAGGGUACCCUCUCUCUCUCUCUCAUUCUUCACUUCUCAUUCUUUGCAUUCAACAUAAUAAUAUUCCUCCAUACAUUGCCAACUAUAUAUUUUUUGUAUUAUAUAUCACCACCAUCACUUAGCUCUUUUUUCAUAAACUAUAUAUACAUACCUACAUUCAACCUUAAACUUCAAUUGUUAUUUCCGAUCCAAACCGGUCCAAUUACACUCUACGACGACAACCUUUCUCCGGUGAAUCUUUUUAAGAAGAGGUGUUGUGUUUCUUUUUUUGUUUGUGGUGUGGUGUAAGUGUAACUACAACUACUAAAGCUGUAUUUGCGGUUAUUGGGUCCCACAAGCACAUGGAUACAUCAACUGCUUUAAUGAUCUUAACAGCCAUAGCAGCCUACUUAAUAUGGUUCUCAUUCAUCACACGAUCAUUAAAAGGUCCACGUGUAUGGCCAAUAUUGGGUAGUAUACCUGGUCUCAUCCACCAUGCCAACCGCAUGCACGACUGGAUCGCUGAAAAUCUACGCGCGUGUGGCGGCACGUACCAAACUUGCAUCUGCGCCGUUCCUUUCUUCGCCAGAAAACAGUGUCUCAUAACUGUUACAUGCGACCCAAAAAACCUCGAACACAUUCUCAAACUCCGUUUCGAUAAUUACCCGAAAGGUCCUACGUGGCAGUCAGCUUUUCAUGACUUACUCGGAGAAGGUAUAUUCAACUCAGAUGGUGACACGUGGAAGUUCCAACGUAAAACCGCCGCACUUGAGUUCACCACUCGUACCCUACGACAAGCCAUGUCUCGUUGGGUUAGCCGAGCUAUAAAGUUUAGAUUCUGUCCAAUUUUAGCCACGGCUCAGGAAGAAAAAAACCCGGUUGAUCUUCAAGAUCUUCUUCUUCGGCUCACUUUUGAUAACAUAUGCGGCUUGGCUUUUGGUCAAGACCCUCAGACACUAGCUGUAGGACUUCCAGAAAACGGCUUCGCUCUUUCUUUCGAUCGAGCCACAGAAGCCACACUGCAACGAUUCAUUUUUCCUGAGAUUGUUUGGAAGCUUAAGAAAUGGCUUCGCAUAGGAAUGGAAGUGAGCUUAAGCCGAAGCCUGAAACACAUAGAUCAAUAUCUCUCCAACAUCAUUCAAAAUCGUAAGCUGGAGCUGAAGAAUGGAAGCGAAGACCUAAACGACGAUUUACUUUCGCGUUUCAUGAAGAAAAAAGAGUCUUAUUCUGAAGAGUUUCUUCAACACGUGGCUCUUAAUUUCAUCCUCGCUGGACGGGACACGUCAUCGGUUGCUUUAAGUUGGUUUUUCUGGCUCUGUAUGAAAAAUCAACAAGUGGAGGAAAAAAUUCUGACUGAGAUUUGCACCGUUCUGAUGGAGACACGUGGAAGUGAUGUGUCAAAAUGGACGGAUGAGCCUCUUGCUUUUGAUGAAGUUGAUCGUUUGGUUUAUCUGAAAGCUGCGUUGUCUGAGAGUUUACGACUUUACCCUUCGGUUCCAGAAGAUUCCAAGCAUGUGGUAAACGACGACGUUUUACCAAACGGAACAUUUGUUCCGGCAGGAUCAAUGGUGACUUAUUCGAUUUACUCCGUUGGGAGGAUGAAGUUUAUUUGGGGAGAGGAUUGUCUUGAAUUUAAACCUGAACGGUGGCUUUUUAGCGACGGUGAAAACAUGCAAGGAUCUUACAAAUUUGUUUCGUUCAAUGCGGGACCUAGGAUUUGUUUGGGUAAGGAUUUGGCUUAUUUGCAAAUGAAGUCCAUUGCUGCCGCGGUGCUACUGCGCCACCGUCUGACGGUGGUGCCUGGACACCGCGUGGAGCAAAAGAUGUCGUUGACGCUUUUCAUGAAGUAUGGACUUAAGGUGAAUGUUCAUCCAAGGGAUCUUGCACCUGUGCUGGAAAAGAUAAGCAACAAAGGUUUAGGGGUUGAAACUUGAAAACGCAAUAGUGAGUAAAGUUAAAAUACAUCAUCAAUUUUAAAUAAAAUAUAUAUAUAUGUAAUAUUGAUGGUCGAAUAAAUUAUAGUAUUUGUUUUGUAUACAUAUGGUUAAUCAUAUGUUUCAUGGGUAAAAUAGUGUUGUAUUUGUGCACAAGUUAUUUUUUUACAUAGUUAAUUAAAAGAUGUAAUUUGUUAAUGUGAUGAUGACUAAAUAUGUUGAGGAAGGCUUGUUAAAAAAAAAAUGUUGAGGAAGAAUGAUGAUGAUCAUGAUGAUAAAUUAA